AUGAGUGUUAAAGCGAAAAUUGGACCAUCAAUUUUAAAUGCUGAUUUAUCACAAUUGUUCGAAGAAUCGGAGAAAUUGCUAAACAAUGGUGCCGAUUAUUUACAUCUAGAUGUUAUGGAUGGAACAUUCGUGCCUAACCUUACAUUCGGUCACCCGGUUGUGAAGUGUUUGCGCUCCAAAAUCAAGGAUGCAUUUUUCGAAACACACAUGAUGGUUCAACGGCCACAACAAUGGAUUGAGAGUAUGGCUGAUGCCGGUGUCGAUCAAUAUACGUACCACAUCGAACCAGUUUUAGAUCAAGUUGACGAAAUCAGCCGAAAAAUUCGUGAAGCAGGCAUGAAAGUGGGUCUAGCUAUCAAACCAGGCACUGAUCUUGAAGCAGUUGUCAAGCACAUUCCAAACGCCGACAUGAUUUUGAUUAUGACUGUUGAACCAGGAUUUGGAGGACAAAAGUUCAUGACGAAUCAAAUGCCAAAGGUGAAAUGGUUGCGCGAAAACUAUCCAUUACUUGAUAUCGAAGUCGAUGGUGGAGUUGGACAAGAGACCAUUCAUCAAUGUGCCAAGGCUGGGGCUAAUAUGAUAGUGUCUGGCACAGCUAUUAUUAAUGCGGACAAUCAAAGGGAGACCAUUUCACUUCUACGUAGCACCGUGCAAGAUGCAAUCGAUGCAUGAUUUUACUCGGACAAUAACUAUUUUACAUUGUUUUAUGGAAUCUAAUAUUGUGUUAAUAAAAACAACGGAAGAAAUGUUCUUCAAGAUGUUGAAAAUCA